UCGUUUUUUUGGGAAGCCACUGAAAGUCGAGAUGUAGUCAAAGCUAAUCCACCCAUGGCGGUGGUUUCGUUGUAAACAUUCGCUUUUUCCAUGAAUCUUGUGAACUUGUGUUCUCUUACUUAUUGUGUUAAUGCCGUUAAAGCUGCAUAAUUGAGCGCGAUUUAGCUUCCGAGCACUUCUCGCACCGCGAUGAACCGGCAGCUACUACAGGCGAGGCGUUUGUCCGACGUUGCGGAGAGUGGCGCCGUUGACGAAGCUUUGCAGCAGGAAAGGAGCGAGAAAGUUGCGGAAGUAGUCACCCGCUCUUUCAAGCAGAGCAGUAUAUCAACCGCCCUCGAUGGAUCAGAAGACAGAGAGCUUCAUGAGCUGGGCUUCCUUCGGCGGUCUCCCCUUCCACUGCCCUGCCAACCACGUCAAACACCGUUGUCCAGCUGUGGCCAGAGGGCAAACUUCUCAAACAGCAGCCGUGCUGUCUAGCUCUUGCCAAGAAUUGCCAACAACUGGGACGAAAAGGAAACGAGGUUCUGCCACCAUGACUGACAGCAAAAAGAUUCCGGACAGCAUCGGAGCAUGUAGCACCAAGCUAAGAGGCAAGGAUGCGGCCGUUACAUCCUGGGAGUGCCACGUGUGCCAGAAGAUCCUGUGCUCCAGAUGGUACCUCCGUGCUCACAUGAGGGUGCACGCAGGCACAGAGCCGCAUGCUUGCACCGUGUGUGGCAAGAAAUUCGCUCUGAAAGGGUCUUUAGUUCUGCACAAUCGCAUGCACACGGGUGAAAAGCCUCAUAAAUGUUCACUGUGCCCCGCGGCAUUUGCUCACAGUGCCAAUCUGAACAAACACGUCUUGACCCACAGCGGGGAGAGACCACACGAGUGCGAAGAGUGCGGCCGGAAAUUUGCUACGCGAUCACAUCUUGUGACCCACACCCGUACGCACACCGGCGAGCAGCCUUGGGCGUGUGAAGAGUGCGGCAGGAGGUUCUCCGUCCGGUCCAACCUGGUGUGCCACCUGCGGUUGCACAGCGGAGAGCGGCCGUACGUCUGCCACUUGUGUCCAGCCACUUUCUCUCAAAAGAGUCACCUCAACACUCACAUCCGUGCGCACACGCAAGAAAAACCCUACGAGUGCCAACUUUGUCUGAAGAAAUUUGCUCGGCAUGAGAAUGUUAUGAGCCACGUGCACAGGGCACACUACGCAGAGAAUCCCAGCACCAAGGCGGUGUCUCUCUCACCGAGCAGCGCCUGCACGCCGUGGGCAGGAAAGAUUCUUAGGACAUACAGCCGAGUGGGGAGCCAUGGCCUUUGCAACCGUGCACGUGUGGGCGAUGCAGAAUAGGGAACACCUUCGUCGUGGUGUCAAAACACUUGUUCGGUGUUCCUUGAGACUCCUGAACAGCAAUCUGGGUUGCCUUAUCUCUAAGGUCUGUGAUGAACAUGUUGAUUGAUUCUU